CUUGGAUACGGACUUACUUAUAAGGCUUUGAACCCCUCUAACAUCGAAAGACAAAACGUGAAGCUAGCACUGAAAGUGAUCAGUCCAUUUAUUGCAGAAGCACUAAAAACUUAUGGUGCAAAGCUUGGUUUGAGUUGUGCCCGAGAAACUGCUGAAUUUAUUGAAUUAAUACACAAGUGGUGGUGCGUUGUGAACACUAAAACACCAUCGAAAGGCAAGCACCUAAGAAAUCCUCUUCAAGCACCCGUAAGAAGUAUGGAGGACAUGCAGCUGCAGUUUCUUAAUGCAUUCGUGGACUGGCUUGACACUUGGGAAAACUUGAAGAUUGGCCCUGGCCGUGCAGGACUGUUAACCACGGAGACGCACUCGGCGCUACGUCUCACGUCAUACUCCUUGAUCGAAGUCAGUCGGUAUUGCCUGGAGGAGCUAGGUUUUGAAUAUGUCUUGCUUGCAAAGUUUCAGACAGACAGCCUCGAGGAGAGGUUUGGUCGUUACCGUCGGCUAUGUGGAUCCAACUACCAUAUUUCCGUCCAACAAAUAUUUGAAUCAGAAGCAAAACUGAGGCUUCAGAACUCGCUGGUUUUUCCAGAUAUGAAAGAACUGUCCCAACCUAGCAGUAUUGUGUUUGAUGCAGCCAAGGUGAUAGAAGAAUAUGGCAUUAAGUUGACUGAAGAGGACGUGAAAUCAAAAAAGGAGAGCUUGCCUGCAAUAGUGUAUAUUGCAGGUUACUGCGCCCACGCCGCUCUCAGGAAAAUUCCCUGUGAAGAUUGUGCGGCCAACAUCACGAGACAAGAUAGGGAUAUACCAAUGGUUGAUGAUAUGCUAAUCGAAGGCCUCACAAGAGGGGCCCUAAAAUUUCCUCAACCAGUAGUAAUAAGUGCUGUUCUGCACACACAAAUCGUGCUUGAAAAGCUGACCUCGAAAGAGAACACCGCCCGGUUUCAUGCAGCACGGCACCAAAGGCAGCUUCUUCUCAGUGUGGUGAAGCACCUUUUAAUUGACAAUGAAGAUUUGGACAUUUGUUGCAAAGGACACCAUCCGGAGACAGUGCUUCACAACAUCUUGUGGGCAGCCACCAACACCUUACUGAAAAACUACGUCCAAAUGAAAACCGACAAGUUAACGGCGGCAAAGAAGGGCGCAACACUGAAGAGGAAACUGAAAACGCUCAAUUAA